UACCUGAAAAAUAGAGUGCAACCGGAGGUCACUUUUAGUCUUUCAUACAAAACAAUGGCAUAUCGUACUGCAUUUUUAUGUUUCUGUUUCCUAUUUCUUUGUGGAUGUGUUGGAUCGGCCCCAAAUAUUUCGGAGACUUUGUAUCUUGGUGAAGUGGAUAAUGGAACGCAAGGGCAUGCCGGUGGUUUUGCACUUAACGGUAGCGGAUGGUCUGUCAUAACUGGAAAUAUCUCUGCUAGCAGUACAGGUCUACUCAUGCCCGAAUGGGUUUACUUGUCAGCAGGCGCCUAUUUGUUAUUCAUUAGUGCCAUCGGUUUGAUUAUGAACAUUGUAGUCAUCAUCAUCAUCUUGAAUGACCCGCAGAAAAUGACGCCCUUGAAUUGGAUGCUUCUCAAUUUGGCGUGCUCCGACGGUGCCAUUGCCGGUUUUGGGACACCAGUGUCAACGGUCGCUGCUUGGCAAUUUACUUGGCCUUUUAGUCACGAGCUGUGCGUAGCCUACGCCAUGAUUAUGUCCACUGCAGGUAUAGGAUCCAUUACAACUCUAACAGUAUUAGCUCUAUGGCGAUGUCAUCAUGUCAUCUGGUACUCAGCUAAGCGCAAUGGACCUUUUACUGAUCACAAUGGACGACUUGGAUUUCGCCAGGGAGCUUUUCUUUUAACGCUCAUCUGGGCUUAUACGCUGGCCAUCACAUGUCCGCCACUCUUCGGAUGGGGCCGUUACGAUCGAGAAGCAGCUCAUCUCAGCUGUUCGGUGAAUUGGGAAUCGAAAAUGGACAACAAUCGAUCCUACAUUUUCUACAUGUUCGCAAUGGGAUUGUUCGUGCCGCUAGUGGCCAUCACCAUCUCCUACACCAGCAUCCUAGUCUUCAUUCAAAAGACGAGCAAAAUGAGAAGAAAAUUAAAGUCGACGCUUCAAUUGGCUUCUGCCGGGCAACAGAAUGACAACAGCAGCGAUCCAGUGGAGAAAAAAGUGACCGUGAUGGUAGCUGUCAUGAUUGGAGCUUUUGUAAUCGCCUGGACUCCAUACUCGAUCCUGGCUCUUAUCGAAACGCUCAUUAGCGACACGGCAAACAUUGCCAAUUAUUCAAAUACGACACUCAUUAAUAGCGAUGAAAAUUUCUUUUACAAUGGAGCUGUUUCACCCCCUUUGGCAACAAUACCUUCAUUGUUCGCAAAAACGUCUGCUGUACUCAAUCCCCUUAUUUACGGACUUCUAAACACGCAGUUCCGCUCGGCUUGGAAGAAAUUUUCAUUACAGUUCAUCUGUCGAAGGAAACAUCGCCAUAAAAAGCGCAAGUGUGCAAGUCACGAAGGACGUAGUAAUUAUUUACGGAGAUUAUUCAACUAUGCUGGGAGAUCUAACUCGUUGGCCAUUAUCCAACGAUCCAGCACGAAAGAAAUGGUUUCUAGUUACUCGCAAAAUGCAUUGGCACUGGCGAAACAAGAAGUCAGCAACACGCACAUUCCGCCAGCCCCGCCCAAUUCACAAUACGACGCUAUCGAACGCGAUGAGUUGGAUGUGUAGAUGUAAAGCAACAGAAUAAUUCAAUUUCAGCCAAAUCUAAUUGUCGAAAAGUUUUUCCAACUAUUUAACAGGUUACUCAACUAUUUGUUCAAAAUGUUUACAUCAACACGUUUAAAUCGCGUCAAAUGUUUUUCUCCCAUCGUUAUUCUUCUAAUUAUAUCUUGGAUAAUCUAUAAAUAUUUAUAUUAAUUUAUCGACUCGAGUGCUUGUUUUGC